ACCUGAACUUGUUCGUGACGACAAGGCUGCUGAAGUCGCGAACGAGAUGCGCUAUCUUAUCGGCACGUGACUCCAUUUUUUCGAGCUUCGACAUGCAUCAGGUCACCGCGUCGCAACCGUGCCUGUCGACGCCGUACCCCUAGCAAUCCAACAGAAUCAGCUCAAGAUGCCUCCCGCACAGCCUGAGCUCAAGAAGUACCUCGACAAGCGCCUCUUUGUGCAAUUGAACGGCAGCCGCAAAGUCAUCGGCAUUCUCCGCGGCUACGAUGUCUUCUUGAAUGUGGUUCUCGAUGAGGCAGUAGAGGAGAAGGACGGCGGCGAAAAGGUUCGCCUGGGUAUGGUGGUCAUUCGCGGUAACUCGGUCGUCAUGCUUGAAGCACUAGAGAGGAUCGGCGGCGACGACAGACAACACCACCAUCACCGAUAGGGCGGCGCCUACGAGGGGAUUUUGACAGCACAAAAUUGUACUUGGCGUUUAUGCGGAUAAAGGGGGCAUUUGAUCUUUGGAACGGCUUCAUGACACAAGCUGCGCUACACUAUGAGAAUGAUAUACCCAUCUCAACAGAGCGAACCCGAGCGAAUUAGCUGGGCGGUUGCUUCCAGACCUUUUCGUCGUAAAAGUCCAUGAGGUCGCCGUCGUACGUUUUGACCCAUCCUUUGAUUCCGCCGGUCAGAAUGAGGGCUUGAAUGUCCUGUUCGCCGACCUCGUUGAGGUAGUCCUGCAUCCAGUUGGCUGACCUUGGGCCGCGGCCAUUCGAGCUGCCUUUCUUCUGUGUGAGUGAUAGUCGGCACACGGAGGGAAUGGGGAGAGCCUACCGCAGUAGAAUAUGAUCUUUUU